AUGAGGCGACCUUUCAUCUCCGACUCGGACUUCUCUCCCAAGCAGUUCUCGGGCGAGGUCUACUCCUCAUCCCUGGGGGGCAAACCUCUGAGUUGUGACCCAUCGGCCAUGUCGGGCUACUCCUCCAUCAUCGACAGCUACUACACAGAAACGUUCGGAGACUACCGUAGUGCAGCCUUCACCACUGGAGGGAGCUCCAUCUUCCCCAGCUCAGCCCUGUCCACUCUGCUACCACCUUUCACUGGAGAGUCCCCCCACUUUCUCCUGGUAAGGCACUCUGUCAGUGGUCAGUACUGGUGAUAGAAUGGGACUGUUGAGCUAUGGCUUUACAUUAUGGGCCAGUUUCUCAAAUAUGGUUUAAAGUCCUGGACUAAGAAGUGUGUUCAAGGCUAAAUCCAGGAAACACACCCUAUGUGUUAUUGUUUUUUUAUGUGAUGUGAGAUGGCGCAAAGCAUGUAAACAGGGAUAAAGGCUGGAGUGGGUAGGGUACAUCCAAAUAAGCACACAUUUCACACAAGCAUGAAGGAAAUAAUUAAUCAAAUUACACAGGUGAGAAGUGUGUCCAUAUGUUACUGAUUUGGGUUCAAACCCAGAUCUGUGCAAUACAAGCCUUUGUUAGCCCACUGAGAUAAAGCCCAGACAUUAGCUCAGGGAGCCAACACGUCUUCAGGGCUCCAGCAAGGUUAAUCAUUACACAAGCGUGGUUCCAAACCAACUUCGUUACACAUACAUCUUAGGGUAUUCUGCAAUCCGCAAUACCAACAAACAAGAGUAAUUUUUCCAUAAUCUCUAACACAUCACUAUGCUUUCCUCUGUCUGUUGCUCCUGCAGAGAGAUUCGUGGGAGCAGCCAGUGGCAGACCCAGUGACCCAGGGAGAGGGCUUGUGUGCAGACGGCCUGACCUCUGUUCCAGUCUCCCUGCCCAGCCCCGACCCUCCCGGGAGCCCGUCACAGUACCGCUGCUCCACCCGCAGCUCCUCCGUGGCCUCGGCACAGCCCUAUGCCCUUCACCCUAUGGAAGAAGUACACUACCACACCUCUUACCCUUCCGCCUCCACUUUCACAUGCCCUUCCUAUAUGACUGUCUCCAACACCCUAGCCUCCAAGAUGGCCCCUCUAGCUAAUGAGGACUCUGACAGUACCCUCGCCACACAUAGUGACACACACUCGUGGGUGAAAGAAGAUGGCGGAAGCUCUUGGUCGCCAUAUGAGAUUCGGAGGUCUUAUUAAGUCCAUUUGGAAACAUCCUGUUCUUCACAGAAAACCAAAAUAAUGCAGAUGCAAGCGACUCAGCUCCUUGUGGUCCAAAUAUUUGACUUUGUAGACUUUGCUCAUCUCUUUAUAGAAGUACAAAGUGGAACUUUUGACCCUCCUAAGUCCCCUGGUGACAUAAGAGUAUGUAAGAACUAACUCACUGGGCACACACUGGUU